CCGCCGAGCGGCCGCUGCUUCUCUUUUGGAUUGUGGCUCCCGGCGUGACUCGCACUCGCAGCUGUCUACGCCCCUCCUCCUCCAGCUCCUCCCUAGUGCCACAGAGCCCGAGCCCAAGCAGCCACCGCAGCCACAGCCGCGGGCACUAUGGCUUCUGGAGUUACAGUGAAUGAUGAAGUCAUCAAAGUUUUUAAUGAUAUGAAAGUAAGGAAAUCUUCUACACAAGAGGAGAUCAAAAAAAGAAAGAAAGCAGUCCUCUUCUGUUUAAGCGAUGACAAAAGACAAAUAAUUGUAGAGGAAGCAAAGCAGAUCUUGGUGGGUGACAUUGGUGAUACUGUAGAGGACCCGUACACAUCUUUUGUGAAGUUGCUACCUCUGAAUGAUUGCCGAUAUGCUUUGUACGAUGCCACAUACGAAACAAAAGAGUCUAAGAAAGAAGACCUAGUAUUUAUAUUCUGGGCUCCUGAAAGUGCACCUUUAAAAAGCAAGAUGAUAUAUGCUAGCUCUAAAGAUGCCAUUAAAAAGAAGUUUACAGGUAUCAAACAUGAGUGGCAAGUAAAUGGCUUGGAUGAUAUUAAGGACCGCUCCACACUCGGAGAGAAAUUGGGAGGCAAUGUAGUAGUUUCACUUGAAGGAAAACCCUUAUAAAAUGACAGCCAAGUGCCAUCUAGAUCUUAAGGAGUUUCCAUUUCUCCAACUCAGUCAAUUGGAAUAGUUUUAGGAUUCUUUUUUUUCCCCUCCCUUCCCCACUGGGCCCUUUGAACACAUGAAUGAAGGAGAUAGCAUUCAUUAAGCAACCUGUCAGUGAUUGCCAUUAGAUUGUUAAUACUGUUAGUUUUAAGUAGAACCCAAGGAAUGCCUUUCUGUCAUACUUCAGCCAAAACAACUGGUUCUAUACCUCCCCUGCAGCCAGCACUACAAAGAAUGUGAUUGUCAAUGUGAAUAGCUUAGAAUACUGCAAAGAGUAAGCUAAUUGAAUGCCUUGAAAGUAUUAUCUACUGGUCAGACAGUAAACCUUAUUCAGUAUUAUUUAUGGUUGCACUUGGUUGCAAUUCUGUGAGACUUAAGCAUUCAUACACCUCACCUGCCUUGGCAAGCCUAUUUUUGCGGAUUGGCAGCACAGAUACAACACUAUGCAUUGAAAGCACUUUUUUUGUAAUGAGUUUAACCCACCAUACCCAAAAAGGAAUGCCAAUUAAGUUGCAUAAACUGUGUCAUCAGCAUAUCCUAGUACCUCAGUGUUCAUUCUUGUUAACCUGCAUACCUUCGUGAGAGAAAUAACUGUUAUUAAUGCCUUUUUGUUUUUCAUAGAGUGUACACUACUGAAUACAUGUAGGAGUUUUAUGUUUACCAUGUGAGUCUUGCAACACUAAAGAUAUUUUGAAUACCAGUCAUGAUGGCAAUUUCUGUAUAAAAGAGCCUUAAACGGAACAUUGUUUUUGAAAUCAAUCCCCCCACCCUCACAAAAAUCGCCACGUUGCAAUAAAAAUUGUGGCAUAUUA